UCCUGCUGGCUGCACGCAGUCGGCCUUUAGACUUCAACAGGUCAGAAUGUUCGUUCAGUGUUUAAAAACUUCUUAUGUAUUUUCAAGGACAUUCUAUGAUUAUUUAUCUAUCGUAAAUCAUAGUGAAACGAUUAAAUUUAAAUCUAGUUAACCAAGUGAACGUAACUGUAAAGUGAAAAUAUUAUUAAGAAACUUAUUGAAAUAUUUAAUUAGAUUCGACAAGGAUUGAACAGAAAUGAAGAUUCUCCAACUCCUCGUAACGACAGCAGCUAUAUUUCAAGCCGUCAACAGUGAAUGUCCUUGGCAAAGAGAUAUGCAAUUAGCAGACCUUCAUUCACCAUGUUUGUGUUCGUAUAAUUUAGCUCGCGAACUCUCAGUGCAAUGUGACAUAGUUGAGUGGCAAAGAGUGUUGUUAGCGCUUCAAAAGUACGCGACAGACACUGCUAUAGACCUUCUUUACGUGAACAACUCUACGGUUGGUGUUUUGAAGAAGACGGAACUUGCAAAUCUCAGGAUACAUAGUCUUCAGUUAUCAGGCUGUAAAAUAAGAACGGUUGCUCCAAAUGCUUUCGCUGGUCAAGAAUUGCACUUAAAAAAUUUAAAUUUGCAAGAUAACGAUUUAACUGAGGUGCCGGUUGAAAGUUUAAAAUAUUUGCAAAAUCUUCAACUUUUAGAUUUGUCCCAUAAUAGGAUAACGGAGAUACAAGAAGAUACUUUCAUAACUUUAACGAAAUUAACAACGUUGAAAUUAUCUGACAAUAAUGUAACGUUAGAUAAAAAUUGUUUUAAUGGAUUGGAGCUAUCAUUAAAAAAUUUAAACUUGAAAGGAACUAGACAAAAAGAGAUUCCUGAUGCAAUUAGGGGAUUACAAACUUUAGCUUUUCUUGAUUUAUCUCAUAACAGUAUUAAAGAAUUACCAGGACCUGGUGGUUUAUUAACUUUUGAUGGGUUAGACGCUUUGACGGCUUUAAAUUUAGAACGAAAUGUGAUUCAAACAUUAGAUGACAACGCUUUCUUUGGAAUUAAAUCGACAUUAAGUUCACUGAGUUUAUUGACGAAUUUAAUUGCUGAUUUUCCAACAAACGCAGUAAAAACAUUAACGGAAUUAAGAGUUUUAGAUAUCGGAUACAAUCUUCUUACGGAUUUACCAACAAAUGCUUUUCAAGGAAAUCCCUCGAUAACUUUAUUAGCUUUAGACGGAAACCCGCUUCCAACAAUUCCCUUUGCAGCAUUAUCACAUCUUAACGGAACACUCAGGGGACUUAGUUUAGGAGGAAGAUUUUUGCAUUGCGAUUGUAGGUUAUCCUGGGUUAUAGAUUGGAUAAGAAAUGCUGAUCUCCAAGUAACCAGUCGAGAACGAAAUCCGCAAUUUUGUGGAAGUCCCCCACAAUUCAGAGAUAGAGGAUUUUAUAGCAUAGCACCUGAAGAAUUAACUUGUGGUAACGAUGCUUUGGGUGUGGCAACUCCAGUUAUCGUUGAAUUAGGAGAAGCUGUCAGUAAUCCACGACCGUUUAGAACUCAAGGAACCACUACCGCUACAACAACCGUAACCACAACGAAAUUUCCUAAUACAACAACCACAAGCGUAACUCAAACCACUCAAACUUCCACCACAACAGCUGCACAAACGACUACAUCCGAAUUAACCACAGCCACAACAACCAAAGUCACUAAAUCAAUUACAAAAGGUACAUCUCCGCCAUGGAGAAGUCAAUCGAGUUAUAGACCAUCUUUGGUAACUAGUUUUAAUAAAGGAAAAAGUGACGAAAAUGAAGUUAUAGUAAAAGACGCUUUUAGACAAGAUAAUUCUGUUGUUAUAAAAUGGAAUUCCGAAACCGUUAAUAUCUUAGGAUUUAGAGUUUUGUAUAGAUUAUUUGGCGAUAAAAGUUUUAAACAAGGUCCACCAUUAGAAGCGAGCGAGCGUGAAUUUAAAAUAAAGAACGUUCCAUCUCAGGAAUGUAUGGUUGUUUGUGUAGUCUCUUUGGAAGACAUAAACAUCACUCCAGACUCCGUCCCCUACUCUCAAUGCCGCGAAGUACGUACAGUUACUUCCAUGUCCUCCAAUAUGGACAAGAUCACCAUAUCUGCAAGUGCCGCCAUAUGCGGGACGAUCGUUAUUGCGGUGAUUGUGUUCGUCGUCGCUUCGAGAAGGAGGUCGAAGAAACUUCGCGAACUCCAGCAACAGAAACUUAACCUAAAAGGAGGAAUUCCCAUCGCCGGACUUCCGGUCAAUUGUUGUUCUUCUGCCAGUCCGGGAGGACCUUUGUCAUCACUUCCAACUUUAGGAGCUUUCAAUAAUAGCAAAGAUUGGGAUCAAAUAUCUGGAUACAGCACACAUAGCACCCAAAGACCACGAAUGUACGCCGUCGAUCAACCAUCUUCGCUCCAAGAUGAUCUUCGAUCACAUUUCAGUUCCAAAGGUAACAAACCACGAUCAAUUGCAGAUGGUCAAUCCCAGCACAGCUUCUCCUCAGGGAGAUUUAUGGCGUCUAACGCAUUUCCAAGUAAUUUACUGGCUUCAAGGCAAGAUUUAAGACAAUCAAGACAAUCGUUGGCGAUGCAAUCGGAACGAAUGAGUAGAAUAGCACAUCAUGGUCCUACUCAUUCGGUAAAUUCCUCUACGAGACGUUCCAGACCCAGAUCCCGAUCCAGGGAUCAUCAUCGUCCCGGAAGUCGUUAUAGCAUCGCCGGAUCAACGCACACGCUUAAUAAUUAUUGCGAUAAUUCAGAUAAUUGGACGGACCAUGACAUGGAAAUUUACAUGGCGAGAAAUCCGACGACUAGAAACGGUUUGGUGCCUUUAUAAGCUCAAUGAAAAGAAGAAUAAACACGAAGAAAAAAGGAACUGUUUUGUAGGGGGCGUGAGUGUCGGGUGUGAGUGGUGAACGAAAUGAGGGUUAAUUUAUAGUAUGUAGAAGAGCGGCGAAAUAUAAAUUUAUGUUUCGUUAUUGUGCAAUAUGUAGGACGUUUAUAUAUUUUUUGUUUUGGUAAAGAGAAAGCACGGAGAAAAGA